AUGGAAAUUACUCAGCAUUCAAAAUAUACAUGCACUUUCUGUGGCAAAGAAACAGUUAAAAGGAAGGCUGUAGGUAUUUGGAAAUGUCGUGCAUGUAAUAAAGUCGUGGCCGGCGGCGCAUGGACUGUGUCGACCACUACUGCAGCUACAGUCCGUUCUACAGUUCGUCGUCUCCGCGAAAUAAUGGAAUCUUAA